AGGUGCUUCUUCCAGAUUCUGUCAUUACCACAUCUCCCUCCAAUUUCUUCUUCUCUCAGACACCCUCAUUGUUUUCCCUUUCUUCGAGAAGGCCGUUUCCCGCAGUCAAUCGCUCAUCAAAACUAUUUUUAAGAUGCCUGACUACCGCAUCGAGGUGUCGCCCAACAACCGCGCUGGAUGCUCCGAUGGCGUGUGCAAGAAGGCCGCAGCCAAAUGCUUGAAGGGUUCCCUUCGCUUCGGCACAUGGACCAAGAUUAUGGAUCAUGAGUCCUUCAAGUGGAAGCAUUGGCAUGUUGACCCCUUUUCCUCCCUCCGCCACAAUCCACUACCCCAGUCGCCACGUUUUACUGUGAUCCCAGCCAGAAAUGGACAUGCUAACGUUAUAUGUUCAAGGGGAUGUGUCUCUGGAGAGGUGAUAAAGCAUGUCCAGGAAGUUUGUGAAAAGAACGGACAGUUCGACUUUGACGCCUUUGACGGUUAUGAUGAGCUGAUCGACCACCCCGACCUUCAGCGGAAGAUCCGUGAGGCCAUAGAGCAGGGUCACAUAGCCGAUGAGGACUUCAAUGGUGAUCCCUGGAUGAAUAAACUCGGCCAGCGUGGCAUUCGCGGCAAGAAGCCCAAGGGCUGGGAUGAUGGCGAGGAUGAAGAUGAGGAAGAGGCCCCCGCCAAGGGCAAGAAACGCAGUCGCAAGGCCGCCGAUGACGAAGAAGAGGAGAAGCCCAAAGCCAAGCGCACCAAGAAGGCCGCAGUCAAGGCCGAGGUCAAGGAUGAGGACGAAGAGGAAGAGAAGCCCAAGCCAAAGGCCAAGCGCGGCAAGGCCGCCGUCAAGAAAGAGGAGUCUGACGCCGAUGAAGAGGCGCCCAAGCCGAAGCGUGGUGCUCGCAAGUCCGCCGUCAAGAAGGAGGAGUCCGGCGCCGAGGAGGAGGCUCCCAAGCCCAAGCGGGGUGCUCGCAAGUCUGCUGUGAAGAAGGAGGAGUCUGACGCCGAGGAUGUGAAAGUAGAGGCACCCAAAGUCAAGGACGAAGAGGUCAGCGAGGAGGAGGCUCCCAAGCCGAAGCGCGGUACUCGUAAGUCCGCCGUCAAGAAGGAAGAACCAGAUGCCGAAGAGGCGGCGGAAAAGACCCUCAAGCCCAAGCGUGGCCCUGCCAAGAAGGCCAAGGUCGAGGAGAGCGAGGAGGGGACCUCUGCUGCCGAGCCCGCGUCAGAGAUGACUCCCAAGUCUGAGGAAGAGGAGGAGGAGAAACCCGCGCUUAAGACAGCCAAGGCGGCACCCAAGGGCCGCAAGAAGGCUGCCCCGGGUGCUGAGGCGGAGAGGCCCAAGUCGACGCGGGCCAGCCGUUCCCGCAAGUAAAUCUUGCUCAUGCUAAGGGCGGACCUGGGCCAUACUCCCCAGUCAACUUGUAUCAUAAGCUGUCUGCAUAAUUAUGUCGAACUGCUGUGGAGUCGAUCGCCAGCAGAUAUCUUACUUCCCGUCUUGUCGUUUCAAUG